GCAAGAACUUUACUAAACUAGCAGGUACUUCUUUUUGUUCUCAUCUGGGUGAGAAUGCAUUAAAUACAACAGACUGAUUUGUGAAGAAGAGAUUUCCAAGGAGUGUGUCAGGUUUCUAGGAAAAGGGAAGCUAGACAAGCAGAAGCAAUACCUUGCAGGAGCGCUUUUGGAUCGAGGAAGGAGGGGCAGGAUGGACCACGGCAAUAUCACAGACACAGAAACAAUGGAGUCCACAACCUCAUAUGACUAUGAGAAUUCAAUGCCGUGUGAAAAAGUCAGCAUCAAGGAGCUGGGGGCCCAGUUCCUGCCCCCACUGUACUCCCUCGUGUUUGUGGUGGGUCUGCUGGGCAACGUGAUAGUGGUGGUGAUCCUCACAAAAUACAGGAGGCUCCGCAUCAUGUCCAAUAUCUAUCUGCUCAAUUUGGCAGUUUCGGACUUGCUCAUUCUAUUCACUCUGCCAUUCUGGGUUCACUAUGUUGCGUGGCAUACAUGGGUUUUUGGCAAUGGCAUGUGUAAGUUCCUCUCAGGACUUUAUUACAUGGGCUUAUACGGUGAGAUCUUUUUCAUCAUCCUGCUGACCAUAGACCGCUAUCUGGCCAUUGUCCACGCUGUGCUUGCCCUUCGAGCCCGCACUGUCCUUUUUGGUAUCAUAACCAGUUUCAUCACCUGGGGCCUGGCAGGGCUAGCAGCCCUCCCUGAAUUUAUCUUCUAUAGGUCCGUAAAGGAAUUUGAAGAGACUAGCUGCAUCACUAUUUACCCAAUGGGUCAGCAAGUUACCUGGAAGCGUUUGCAGGCUCUGAGAAUGAAUAUCUUGGGUCUUGUUUUACCUCUGCUCAUUAUGGUUGUCUGCUACACAGGGAUCAUUAAAACACUAUUGAGAUGCCCCAGUAAAAAAAAGUACAAGGCCAUCAGGCUCAUUUUUGUCAUCAUGAUGGUCUUUUUUAUUUUCUGGACCCCCUACAAUCUGAUUCUCCUACUUUCCACUUACCAAGACAUCUUCUUGAAGGACAACUGUGAGCAAAACAAGCAGCUGGACCUGGCCAUACAGGUGACGGAGGUGAUCGCCCACACUCACUGCUGCGUCAACCCAGUGAUCUACGCCUUUGUUGGAGAGAGAUUCCGGAAGUACCUGCGCCACUUUUUCCACAGGCAUGUGAUCACUUACCUGGGCAAAUACAUCCCCUUCCUUCCUACUGAGAAAUUGGAAAGAACCAGCUCUAUAUCCCCAUCAACAGCAGAUCAGGAACUCUCUGCUGUAUUUUAGGUUAGAUGCAGAAAACUGCCUAAAGAAGAUGCAUUGGGCCCAUGAAUCAAACACGUUAAGUCAAUUGCAUUAACUUCCACAUCAGUCUUUUGAAAUUUCAGCCUAACACUGACGCUCUUGAAGAUGUUGAAAUACGUACACAGUAGUAGUGUGUGUCUGCGCCCCACAGUCUUUACUAGAGGUCCAUGUUUGGGCAUUUUAUCUUCACCCCUGAAAAGCAGAGCUUUGCUUAGUUCUCUGAAGAGUCACUUGAAUCUUAACACUCCUGAAUGUUAGAUAAUUACUAAAUGCAACUACA